GACAGGCUGUGGUCUAUCUUGGUUUAGUUAUAGAAAUAUUUGCUCUCCCUCGAGCGGGUGUCAUCUCAGUGUCUAGGCUCGAGACUAGUUAGUUAUAGUAGUAACCCCACUGAAACAGUUGCUGCAAACCUAGGCAGUACCUAUAAAGACUUUCCUGUUGUGGCAACAUUGUCUGUCUCCUUGGUGCCCUGAAAUGCCUGUCGGUGUCUGCUGCAUACAGCGCGUUUGGAAAGUGUUCAGACCCCUUGACUUUUUCCACAUUUUGUUCCAUUACAGCCUUAUUCUAAAACAGAUUAAAUAUCCCAUAAUGCCAAAGCGAAAACAGAUAUUUAGAAAAAGCAGAAAUACCUUAUUCCCAUAAAUAUUCAGACCCUUUGCUCUGAAUACUUUCCGAUUGCACUGUAUACCAUGAUUACGUCUAACUUUGUAAUUCUACAGAUGACUGUUGCAUAGGCCUACAUGACCUAAUGAGAUGUUGGACUCAGAAGACUGCACUUUGUCCCUGGAUAACCUCUUCUUUGAGAGGCCAGUUGUCCACAAAGUAAAGCCACUUUGUCAAGAGCAGAGUUCUUGGCAGUUGGAACCCCCUCUGUCCCUCUCCCAGAUCCCAGCCACUCAGGACAUCCAGAAAGAGGCAGAGGGUCUUUCAUCAUUCAGUUUCUCUCAGAAGUCCAACAAAUUCCUUCCCCCUUUGAAAAGAGCAGCUGACGGUGAUGGUUUCACUCCCAAGAAUAACAAAUUAAAUCAGAAUACCAGUGAUGGAAGAAAAGAACCUGAGGCACAGGGCAGGUGUGCCCUUUGGGCUCGGGAAGACUUCAUGAAUAAAUCCCAGGAUACCAAAAAGGUUAGAGGUCAAACUAAAACCCCACAUGAGUCUGGUCAUGCACUGGAGCAGAAACAUUUCCCUCUGGAGUUCAGCCAAAGCCCACCUCUACGGAGAAGUUUGUUCAAACCUCCCAGUGGACAGGUGUUGAACAGCAGCGCAAACUCAAACAGAGGCCUCAACCAGGCACGACCCGGAGUGCAGCAAACGUUCGACCAGGUUUCUAUGGCGACAGAGCCUCGGCUGGCAAAGCAGUCGGCAGCAGACUCCGGCCCCCUCACCGAUCUGGGCCUGCCUACAGCCUGGGGACCACCACAGAAGACACAGGACAAGGGCACCAAGAGGGCUCAUGUUCUCCCCAUGACACCCCAACCCCUUCACAUACAAAAUACUUCUGGGCCUGGGAUACUCCGACCAAUCUCUGAAAUCCCUGCUAAAUUUAGAUCGGUCUUCAAAGAGUUCCCUUACUUCAACUACGUUCAAUCAAAAGCCCUAGAUGACGUUCUAUACACGGGUAAGAACUUUGUGGCUUGUGCUCCUACGGGCUCUGGUAAGACUGUGCUUUUUGAGUUGUCCAUCAUCCGCCUACUGAUGGAGACCACAGAGCCCUGGAGAAACGUCAAAGCUGUGUACAUGGCCCCCAUCAAAGCUCUAUGCAGCCAGCGCUUUGAGGACUGGAAGAACAAAUUUGGGCCUCUGGGCCUGAGCUGCAAGGAGCUGACUGGAGACACAGAGAUCGACGACUUCUUUGAGAUUCAAGACGCCAAUAUCAUCAUGACCACACCUGAAAAAUGGGACAGCCUGACGAGGAAGUGGAGGGAUAACUGCCUGCUGCAGUUGGUCCGGCUUUUCCUUAUUGAUGAGGUGCACGUGGUGAAGGACCCUAUGCGCGGAGCCACACUAGAGGUGGUGGUGAGCAGGAUGAAGGCGGUCCAUGCCUACCGUGCAGCAGAGAACCCUCAGGAGGACGUCUCCAUGAGAUUUGUGGCCGUCUCCGCCACCAUCCCCAAUACCAAGGAUAUAGCAGACUGGCUGUGUGACGACAGAGACCCUGCUACUUGUCUGGAGAUGGAUGAGAGUCACAGACCGGUGAAACUGAGGAAAGUAGUGCUGGGUUUCCCCUGCAACAGCAACCAGACUGAGUUCAAGUUCGACCUGUCACUCAACUACAAGAUGGCCAACAUCAUCCAGACCUACUCGGACCAGAAACCAACACUUGUUUUUUGUUCAACAAGGAAAGGAGUCCAGCAAUCGGCCACGGUUCUGGCCAAGGAUGCCAGGUUCAUCAUGAGUAUUGAGCACAAACAAAGGUUGGUGAAUUAUGCAAACUCUCUCCUGGACUCAAAACUCAAAGACUUGGUGUCGUUUGGAGUUGGUUUCCAUCACGCCGGAGUUGACGUGUCAGACAGGAAGCGAAUCGAGGAGGCCUUCAACAUGGGAGACCUGCCUGUGCUGUUUACAACUAGUACUCUGGCGAUGGGGGUGAACCUGCCAGCCCACCUGGUGGUAAUCAAGUCCACCAUGCACUACAUCGGGGGCGCCUGUGAGGAGUACAGCGAGGCCGACAUGCUGCAGAUGAUUGGCCGAGCAGGCCGGCCACAGUUUGAUACAUCAGCGACCGCAGUGAUCAUGACCAAGACUCAAACCAAAGACAAGUACAUGCAGUUCAUGAAUGGAGCGGAAAUCAUCGAAAGCAGCCUGCAUACCCACCUGGUGGAGCACCUGAACGCUGAGAUUGUCCUCCACACCAUUUCAGACGUCAACAUGGCCUUGGACUGGAUCCGCUCCAGCUUCCUCUACAUCCGAGCUCUGAAGAACCCCAGACACUAUGGCUUUUCCACUGACUUGGACCGAUGUGGAAUCGAAGCCAAAUUGCAAGAGCUCUGUCUGAAGAACUUGAAUUCCCUGGCCUCCAUUGGUCUGAUCUCCAUGGAUGAGGAUGUUAACAUCAAAGCUACAGAGGCAGGCAGGCUGAUGGCAAGGUACUGUGUUGCGUUUGACACCAUGAAGCAGUUCAGCAAGGUGACAGGCACUGAGACCUUACCUGAGCUGAUAGAAUUGAUGGUGAAGGGCAGAGAGUUCACUGACGUGCAGCUGAGAGUGAACGAGAAGAGAACCCUGAACACGUUGAACAAGGACAAGAACAGGAUCACUAUCAGGUAUCCCAUGGAGGGAAAGAUCAAAAACAAAGAGAUGAAGGUGAACUGUUUGAUUCAAGCCCAGUUUGGCUCCAUUCCAAUCCAAGAGUUUGGACUUGCACAGGACACAGGGAGAAUCUUCAGAAAUGGAGUCCGAAUCAGCAGAUGCUUGGCAGAGUUCCUGAACCAGCGCUCCAAGACAGGCUUCUCUGCUCUACUCAACUCCCUGAUACUGGCCAAGUGCUUCAGGGCCAAGCUGUGGGAGGACUCUCCUUACGUCUCAAAGCAGCUGGAGAAAAUAGGGUUGUCUCUGUCGACGGCCAUGGUGAACGCUGGGCUCACCACCUUCAACAAGAUAGAGCAGACCAACGCCAGGGAACUGGAGCUGAUUGUCAACAGACAUCCUCCGUUUGGAAACCAAAUCAGAGACGCUGUCAUCAAUCUACCCAAAUAUGAAGUUAGUUUGGAGCAGCUUCCAAGAUACAACAUCGCCACCGCAGAGAUUGUCGUGACCGUGAAUGUGAAAAACCACGAACAGCUACUGUCAAAGAGAACCACUCAUGACCACCACUAUGUCACAAUGAUCAUCGGGGACUGUGACAACAACGUGGUCUUCCUGCAAAAACUCACAGACUUGAUGCUGUUGAAGUCGGGAAACUGGUCAAAGAAGAUCGAAGUGGCGAAAGCCUUCAAAGGAGAGGAGAUCAGCGUGAAUCUAAUCAGCUCAGAAUACGUGGGGUUGGACAUUCAGCAGAAGUUUAGUGCCUUCUACUCUGGACCAAAGAGGUACGGAGGUGAAUCAUUCACACCUGAGCAACAUGACACGAUGCACAUAGCACAGGCUAACGCUCAGAGAUCACAGGGUGCAACACAGAGAACACAGCCAACAGGUCAGCAAACACAGGCUACGGCACAGAAGAGAAACUCCACAUCCACAGAAAAUGUUCCAGGCAAAAGACAAUGUAACCACUUCUGCAAAAACAAGGAUCAGUGUGGCCACGACUGCUGUCAAAAUGGAGUGCCGGUGGUUCUGAAGAGGCCUAUGAAUCAGCAUUCGAGUUUCUCCUCCUACCUCCAAGACCUGAAGACCAGGAGUGAUACACUGACGGAGACUCCAGUCAAACGCCUAAAAAUGAGAAUGAGUGGUAGGACUGGGGCUACGAACAUUCAGCACUUUUCUUAUACGCCUGCUGCUUGCAGGUUUGUAGGUAAUCAUUAUGGCGCUUCAACAAUACAACAGAGUGUGGAAUCAGCUGAGGACUUUGCAAUGCCCCAAGAGAUGGCAUAUCUUGAGAACUAUGACCAUGAGUAUAAUGACUACCUGGAAGACAUAUAUCAGACAAUGGGAGAAGAGGAACCACCACCUAUUCAAACCCCUACAGAGUCACAAAGCACUUCAAUGUGGAGGAAACCCAGUGCAUACAACGGAGGGUCACUCAGCCACAGCACCCCCCAAAGCCAGGGUAUGGGUUACUCCCAAAGCCACAGCACUACUCAAAGCCAGAGCACGGGUUACCCACAGAGCCACAGCACCCACCAAACCCAUAGCAUGGGUUACCCCCAAAGUCAUUUUCCCCUUCAAAACCAGAGUAGGGAGGAAACCCAGAGUCACAAUACCCCCCAAAGCCAGACUAGCGGUUACAGCACUCCCCAAAGCCAGAGCAGGAGUUACUCUCCGAGUCCCAUCGUAGACUUGACCGAUGACAGUGGCUUCCUCUCGUCGUCACACACCCCCAGCGUGACCUUUGACCUGGGAGACGAAUGGGAUGAUUUUGACGACGACAACUUAGUUCACGCCAGUGAGACAUCAUGCACCACUGUAGCUAACACUCAGGGGAUUGACCGUGACAAGCUGAAAGGUCACUCAACACCACUACCAUCCACUUAUGUACAACCCAAACCCCGCUUCACUGUGUCCAGUGCCCCACUCAGGUCAACCUCCCCAGUUAUUCCUCAGAUAGCAGUUACUAGUCUCUCAGUCAGACCACAUAACCUCCAGGCUUCUGCUCCCUGGAGCCACUCUGACAACAAGGCCACAAGGACAUUCAGUGAACCCUCUGUGAAAGCACCCUCCUUCCCAAAACAGACUGAUACAAGCAUGGCUCCGCUGGGAGGACAGUUUGAUUUCUUCUCAAAGACGACUACCCUAAACAAUGGCAAUGCGACUGGCAAAAGGCUCCAGGGAGAGGACGACAGCAAGGAAGUGGAUGCAUUCAUGGGUAUAUUUGAUGGACUAUUUUAGAAGUGUUUAUAGUUGUAUGGACGGGUUCCAUGACAAUGUUUCAUGUUACUGUGUAUGUUAUACUUUAUUUAUACUGUUUGCUGUUUGAGAUGAACUUUUAGAUUUACUGUUGAUCCUAUUUGAAAAUGUUUCUAUCAUUCAGGAGUAGGAACAGUCGAUCAUCAUUAGCAAGUGGUCAAAAAAGUAUUAUAAAUCUAUGUACUUAAUUGAAUAAACACAAUAUUUAUUCA